AGACAAUCCCAUCGUAAAUGAUGACGCGGCUCUCCACGACAUUUCCUUCCGUGAAGCUCACAAACCCUCGCCCCUCCUCAAAUCUAUUAUCAUGUUCAACAUCACUACCCAAGAUCAAAUCAGAAGCAACAUCCAAUUCUCCCUCAAAAUCAAAGUCAAGGUCUUGGUCUGUGUAUCUCAUCCUUUCCACCAAUGCCCCCAUCAAGACCUACGUUGGUGUCACCACCGAUUUCUCUCGCCGUCUGAAACAACACAAUGGUGAACUAAAAGGUGGCGCAAAAGCAUCCCGUGCUGGAAGACCAUGGAUUUGUGCAUGCCUAGUACAUGGUUUCAAGGACCAAAACGAAGUGUGUUCUUUUGAAUCAAAAUGGAAAACUUUAUCAAGGAGUUUGCCUCGAAAAAGAAAGGAUGACAGUGAGGCAGAACAAGCAAACAAUUUGUCGCUUCCUCUACUACAACACAGGCAAGCAGCUCUAAAUAGAGUUAAAGGUAUAUUUGAUUGCACUGACUUGGAAAUUGACUGGAAACUGAACCCGUUAUAACAUGGUAAACUGUAAACCCCAGGUUGCUACACUUUCCAUUAUAUUUAUGUAAAUUAAUAUGUUAUAACUGAAAGAAACUUAUCUAACCUGAGGACAAUCAAUUGAUCUUUAUACUAUGUAACACUGAAGCACUGUAAUCACAAAAAAUUUCGUCG